AUGGAUUCCAAAAAAACAGACCAGAGUCCGGUUCCUCCUGAAAAGCCGGCCGAAGUGGAUAUUUACAGAGACACAUUUGUUCGCUACUUAGGAUAUGCAAAUGAAGUUGGAGAGGCGUUUCGAGCUUUGGUUCAUGUCAAUGUUGUGCGUUUUAGUUAUGUCGUGGCUUGCAGUUAUGUGGCCGCUGAUGCUAAUCACAAAGGAAGCCUUGCUGCUGAGAAAACUGAGGUUGCCUCUGAGGUAACAAAAGAGCGUGCUAUUGCUAUGGCUGACACUCUUGUUUGGCAAGGCCUGGCCUCUGUUGCUGUUCCAGGUUUUACUAUCAACCGUGUAUGUGCUCUCAGUAAUAACCUUCUCCAAAGGACAUCUACUCUUCCAUCAAACAUACGCAAAUGGACAACAACGUUCAUUGGGCUGGGUUGCAUCCCAUUCAUAGUAAAACCAAUUGAUCAUUCAGUGGACUAUAUGAUGAACAAUACUCUUAGGAAAUUUUAUGUAUCCAAACCUGAACCCCCAGGGAUCUUCCAUCACGAGAGGGAUGAUUAG